AUGCAAAUAUCUGAUUCUGAGGAUGAGGGCACUUUGGAUUACAAAUACAUUUCCUCAACAGCGUUGCGGAACCGACUCUCGAAAGUUUCGUCUUUGUUUCGAGAAGAUCUAAAGGAGCGGUUGGAAAACCUCCUCAAUGCUCCUGCUAACUUCUUGAGCCCACAAGAGGAUGAGGAAUACCAGAGGAUCAGCAAUUAUAAUGUUAUUGCCACAGCGGGAUCUGAUUCCGUUGCCACUUUUGACCAUCAUUUAAAUGACCACAAUCAUGGCUCUAAUCAUCUUAAUAAUGAUUUUCACGCCGAGGUGGAAAAUGAUGACAUUCACAAUUUGCAAGCCUAUUACACGCGUCUAUUUUCCAGGAGAAGCCUACGACGGCGCAAGUUUGCUAGUACGCACCCAUACAUUGCCGACCAAGCUUACUAUUUGGGGCUUUCAGAUGUGCAAUAUUUAAAUGACUUGUAUGAAGAGAAUGGACAAGAUUUGGAGGCAAUCAUUAAGUUACUAAACUUCAACUACAUGGAACUUAAGAGAAAGUAUCCUCGUGAUGACAAGUAUAGACACAAAAGUUUUCUUUCAAUAUUGGGAAUGCAAUCAAAAGCCGCACAGGACCAAGAACAGAAGGAGAGUGAAGUUCAUAGAGGAGAUAAAGAUAAUAAAGAUGAUGAUGAUGAGGAUGAUGGUGGAUAUGGAGUACUGGAUAAUCAUCAUGGCAGCCAAAGACUGCGCCAAAACACACAAAGUGAUAUUGAAGCGUUUGCACGGUUUGAUGAUGUCGCAUACAAUAGCCUGGACUCAGAUAUGUCUGAUUAUGAUCUUGCUGCUGGUGGCAACAGUGAUAAUGAAAACGAAAGUGGAGGCGAAAGCGAAAGCGAAAGUGAGAGCGAGAGAGCUGCAAAGAGUGCGGGAGACAGUGAAGCCGAAUCAGACUCUGGGUCGGAGGAUGAACUAUUCAUCAGAGUCGGUGGGAGGUACAGAAAAGAAAAGUCCGCACUUCGAGGUGUCUUACCCGAAUCUGCAAAACAUUUACCCAUUUAUCAACCUAAGAAGCAAAGAAAAGUGGAUAGCUCAAAGCAACCUCUUGAAAAAAGAAAAGGAUUGGCAAUUCGGAAGAGAACUCGAAGAAUUGCUCCAAUGGAAACUUUAUCUGAAUUUGUUGAUGACAACACUGAAAUUAAUAUCGAUGAACCCAUUUUCAAUCCAUUACUUGCAUCACCUAACAAUUAUGUGGAUUUGACGAGAGACUUUGAUGACGACAAUGUGGUUGAUGUAGCAGAUAGGACUCGCACCCUGGAAAUUAUCAGAGAUGGUAAUGACAACAUCAGCAACAACAACCUCAGCAACGACAACAAUCACAAGAACAGUGAUGAUGAUGAUGACGAUGAAGAGGAGGAUUUGGAGCAUUUGCAGCAUUAUCAAAAUGAACUAUACAAUGCUACUGAUUAUUUUGAUGGAGAUGAAGCUAAAGAGGAUUACUCAUUUGACCGUAUGUUAUCACACAAUCCUCGACAAGUCUCCGCGACUCGUCCUCAGAAGAGGAGAUUAAAUAGGGAAAAUCUCUUAGGAAGAGUGUCAGCGGCUAAAGCAAGGACAAGAAAAAGAAAUACAACAAUCGAAAGUAGGAGAACUAGGACUUUCUCUGGUGCUGGUCGCCAGAGUACUUCUACAUCGCGUGUUGGUAGAGGAGAAAUCAGUAAAAGACGAAAACUUAUGAAUUAUAAACAAAACGAGAUAUUUAUGCCUAAUUCUGGUAUUAGAAGGAGAAAUAUAUUCCUGUUUGACUAUUUGCCGGAAUCUUUUGAAAUAGCUGAUUCUAUUGAGCAAAGACAAUUUGCGCAACCACCGAAUACAAAGUUGGCGGGUCCAAAAGACCCAAAAGACCCAAAAGACCCAAAAGACCCAAAAGAUGUCAGGAAAGAAAAAACAAAGCAUAUCAAGCGUUCCGAUGUUAUUGGCUUCAAAAGGGGCCCUUUGCGUAAAUUAUGGAGCAGAGACCCCAGCUCGUUUACUACUGAUGUGGAAGCAGAAGAAUUCAAAGAUGCACAUCGAUACGCUCUGUCGUCUAGUAUUCGAGAUCAUCGAGCACUUCACAGUGCACCUUCUUUCAAUGUAGAUAAUUUUGUGAAUAAAAUCCAGUUGCAGAAUUUAAGGCACAUUCUAGAGAGUGGAAAAGCUAUUAGUGGUAUUACUGAACCUGUUCAGUUCAAUAUUGGCGAUAAACUGGUAACUUUGACAUUGUUAAAUGUUGAAGCUUCAAGUCCAGUAAUAGAGGAGGCUUUAUCUCGUUUAGUAACUAAAGCAAAGCAUUAUACAAGGCAAGCAUUUCUCAACUUGAUCCGUGGCGUUAUUUCGUGGUAUUUACUACUGCAGAAACAGCCAACCACUAGGGAGUUUUCAUUACUAGGAUUAGUCAGCUCUUCAUGGGUUGAGCAACCAAACGGAAUUGAAAUCAUGUUUCGAACGCCUUAUAUUUUACUUCUUCAAUAUGUUAUGGAGAUUAUUGGCGAAAUAAAUGGGGUUGAGGUUCAAAAUAACAAACGAAGCUUUUUCGAAGUUGCUAGGUACUUCUGGACUUUAUACUUUUUGAAUUUCGACCAUGAUAUUUACUACUCCAUGAACUACUUAAAUGGCAGCACGUCUUAUGAAGCAGAAUCAUUUUACAUCCUUAAUACAAUCUUGCAUUCCAAAGGACUUUGGUUAGCUAGCUUGACGUCGGCAUUAAGAGCUCAUCAACCUUACGACAACUAUAGAUUGGUGGAAUCUUUAUACUGUAUUAUUAGACUAGCAAAGAAAAAAAGUAGCUGGGAACCCUUGCAAAUAAUUUUGGACAGGCUAAAGGAUUCUCACGAAAACGAAAACAAUUUACUGGAUUUGUAUAAUCGUUGCCUUCAAGCCAUAUAUUAUAUGAACACUUAUUUCGACUGGCCGCUUGAAGAAAAGAUAUUAUUACAAUUAUACCAAAUAAUUCAAUCGCGAGAUUUUGCAAACUUUGAAGAUGAGAUGGACAUUCCUAUUCUAUUAGAUGAUUUUCGAACAAGGCAAGACAUUCCUGGAACUACUUUUUUUGAAGGAUUUUUGCAAGUAUUGGUGUUAUUUUUUUCCACCAUAGAGAGUGCCUCUCAGAUGAAACGUCUUGCAAUAAAGUUUUUCAAUUCUAAUGACACGCAAUACGGCAACCGUCAAUUAGAUCAAGUCAAGUUUGUUAACAAGUUUAAUCUAAUAUUGGUUCUUUACCGUAUCACCAAGAUUGACUUGCGAUCUCAAGUGGACAAAAUGAUUCAAUCACUAAUUCAAGUAAGUGACCGUCAAUUUGUGAAGUUGGCAGUGUAUGCGGUAUUGUCAGUUACUAGGGUCACUUUGGAAAAGGGCAUGAGAAUACCGGUAACUGCUUUAAACGGGAUUAUCACAAAGGUGCUGUCACUAGUGUUUGACAUACCUGGGGCCCAUAAACUUUGGAAAUUUUUGAUUCGACAACUCAACAGUAUUAUAGAUAAUGAGGAUGACUAUAUGUUGGUGCAAUUUGUUUCCUUGGUAAAGGUAGACAACUUGCAACCAGAGUGCUAUGCAGAUAUAAUUUUGUUGUGUUGCAAAGUUGUUAAAAAACUAUCAAGUGAACAUAAAGCGGCAGUUGCAAACCUGGAAUGGGCUUUGCAAAUACUUAAGGAUGCAAACAACUUUAUAUUUGGUCAUUUAAAUUCUAGAAUGCAGUCAUAUAAUGUAACUAACCGUUCAGAUAUGACAGAUUCCACAAUAGAGUUGUGCAUUGAGUUUUGGGUGAAUACAUAUGGCAUAUUAAGAGUCAAUUGGGACAAACUCAUUUUGCAGACUUUUUGUUUUAUGGGAAAUGAAUAUGCCAGGGACAUUUUCUCGUUCCACUUUUACUCACAAAUAUUGCAACAUGAUAAAUUGGAAAACCAUGAGGAGCACAUAAUGGCGUUAGUGUUGCAAAACUUGUCAUUGCCAUCUUCUUCAAAGUAUCUUUUACUGAUUUUGCGUGCUAUAAAACAUUCUGGUUGGCAAGUUUUGUCUUCAAACGUCGUUUUACCUUUGCAUUUUGAUUACAAAUCUAAAGCAUCACUCAUUGUUAACCUUUUACAAGCAUGUUCGAUUCACUCAGCAGUACUAACAUUUAAUAAGAUAGUGCUAGGAGUAGUACAAAAAAUUAGACAGGAGGUUCUUCAAAACAUUGAUUCAUCUUAUAAAGAGUUUUCAUGUUUUAUCAUCACCAAUCUAUUAAAUUUCAAAUUCGAGUUGAACGAUGCGGUGAAAAGUGUUAUUCAAGAAGUUGCCUUGCUUUUAGGAAUGACGAAUCUUAGCGCUUUUGGAUCCGACAAAUUAACAGUUGAGCAAAAAGCUGAUUCCAUUAAUUUACUAAAUACAGUUCAGGUUGGAGACGAACCUGUAGGUGCAUCUUUAGUUGAGGAGACUCGUGAUCUCGCAGUUUUGUGCACUCUUUUGGAGCGCAAUAGGGAAACUAAUCAAAAUACGAAAUGGAAGAUUGUUUUUUCUCUUUUAAGAGCAUUUGUCACCAACGCUUUUGGGUACAAUUAUAACUUUCGUGACGAGAGUUUUGGACGUUUUAUUAGAAUGAUUCUGGAAAUUCUUUGGUCAAUAAAUGAUAGAGACGCACAGUAUAUGAAUCCUUAUUAUCAGAAAUGUUUAAGAUCAAUUUACGGUUUUGCACUUUGGUGCAAGCACAUCCUUUUCGAAGGUUACACUGAACCAGCAUAUUUUGAAGGCUUAGAAACAUUUCUCGUUACUCGUGGCUUGAAAUUAAACGUAAACGUCAACUUUGGUCCGAGCUUCAGUGUUGAAAAGCUUAUUGAUGAUUUAGAAAGAGUUGAAUUACUGGAUAUUGGUCAAAAUCAGAAUAUUAACAAUGAGAACGUUACGGUUGAUAUCACGGAAAACACCAGCGACAUCAAUAACGAAAGUGUCUAUUGCUUAGACUACUAA